AUGGACCCACGAGUCUCAUCGCCGCCGAGCUUUCAUGAUUUCAAGGACCACCACGACCGCCACCACCCCGAACGCGUUCACAUGAUGCCCAAUUUGCCCUUCUCAUCGCACGGCCCAUUACCUAUACCAUCCCGAGCCGCCAUGCACACUGCUCCGCCACCUUUACCCCCGCCACCGCGCAUCCGCGACCUGGAGAACGGCUACGAUGCUGGCUGGUUGCAUGCGAAUUCUAGCCGCUCGACGACUGCUCUCCCCCCGGUCAACCCCAAUUCGAGCCUGUUUGGUGGCCAUCGACGACCUGAGUCUGCGUUCCUGAGUGAUCGCAUGGCACUGGAUGAAUUGGAAGGACGACAGAGCGGAUUGCCGCUUUCGCGCAGCCCAGAGGCCCACAUCAAGAUUGAACCGCCACCACCGACAGACGAAGGGUUUCCGAAUUCUAUGUCCGUCAAUUCGGCAGGUCCUAUUCUGAAGGGUGAGCGCGACUUUUCGCUGCGUAGUGUGAAAGACUCAUCAAACGCCUAUGAUCAACAUUUACUUUCCAAGAUUGGAAACUCGCUUUCCCCACGCACCUCGAUCAGCCAAGGAUCGGAUCACCGCGGUUCAAUCUCGGCACUGACUGUCCCAUCAAUUCCGUCUCGAGCAUCCAGCAACCUGCCUUCUCCGGGACCGUCAGAAGCGGGUUCGACACUGGACGUGAAAUGGUACAAUAGCGCCCAAUCGGGUGGAGUGUCUCCCAGGACUAAGGUUGGAUGGAGGGACUAUGUCGAAGGACGCAGCCCGAGUGUGGAGAGCAAUGCACCUUCAUCGGCAUUGGACUACGACUACAUGCGCGAUAUGGGUCGACGACGAUACCGUGGAACGACGCCUUCUAGAGAGGACAGCAUCAGUCUACCCAGCCGAUCAAACCGUGGAAGCUACGACCAGGCUGUUUUCUCCGACAUUGAGGGGCUCAAAGCAGGGCAUGAAGCGCCGGGCCUCAUCGCCCCCACGAGAGCCGAUAGGCGAAGAUCGACAGACCCUACACCUGACGACGAGCAAUGGCGAUUUAUCGCAGCGGCGGACGAGUGGUCAACCCUUUUCAAAUUCAAACACCCUAUCCGUGAACCCCAGCUAUGCCCCGAGUCACCGGACUCUUUCAGCCGCAUCAUCCCUCAGCAUUCGGACAUCUGGAUCAUACUCAUCAGCUCUCUCGAUAGGAGGGAGCAGCAUGACGAGUCUCUCACCGUACGACCGACCAUCUCCGGGGGCUUCUCGCCAGGCUCCGACUUGGAUACAUAUCACGAAAAGUCGAUUAUGAACCCGAGUUCUCCUGCGGCGCUCAUGCAUUCACUCCCGAGGGCUGUGUCAGGGUCUCACACCCUCGAGCUGUCUACUACUGAUGCCAUGGGCAAGAUGUCCAUGCCUUCCGUGCUGACUGUGCCCAAGAGUGCAGUGCCAAAGAUCAGCGGCCUGUAUAUCUGCGAUUGCUGCCCCAAGAAACCGAAAAAGUUCGACAAUCCAGAUGAUCUUCGCGCACAUGAAAUGGAGAAGCAAUAUUCCUGCCAAUACUGCAACAACCGGUUCAAAAACAAAAAUGAAGCGGAACGCCACCAGACCUCCAUCCACCUCCGCCGCCACUCCUGGUCCUGCGCCGCCCUGUCCUGCUUUCAAGCCGCCUUUCAUGCCUCCGCCUCGCCAUCCUUGCAAACAAGCGCAGGCCCCUCGCACGACUCAUGCGGCUACUGUGGCGAGGAAUUCCCCAAUUUCCCACGGCCGGACUGGGACUGCCGCUUCGAGCACCUGACAACCGUGCACAAAUUCGGCGAGUGCAACAACGCAAAGAAGUUCUUCCGCGCGGACCAUUUCCGCCAGCACCUCAAGCACAGCCAUGCCGGGACUAGCGGCAAGUGGACUAACAUCUUGGAGAACGCUUGCAUGAAAGAGGAGCAACCGCCGGAACCGAGGGAUAAGUCUAGGCAAGGCUCCGGGUCGCUGACGUCGAAUACAAUUGAUGAGGUCCUGAGUGAGCAAUGA